CCCAUGUUUUACUAAUUAAAAAAAAAUUGGAAAGUCUUUUUUUGACUUUCUCUCUCACUAUUAAGAACCAUACCAUAAUAAAUCUGUUGCUGCUUCAUCCAUCUCUCUCUCCCCUCCAAUACCAAAGAAGUCUCCUUUUAUCUCUCUCUCUCCCUUUCCCUUCUCCAACUUUCACUUUAUAUAUCAUUCUCAAACAACAAAGACUUAAGCAAACGCAGAAUCAAAUGGCAGUCAAAGCUCCGAAUAUGAAUCUUUUUCCUCCUCUGUUCAUCCCCAACGGAGAUUUUAUUAAAGUUAAUCAAGGGAGUGGGAAUAUAUACAAUACCCAGAUGAAAACUUCAAUCAACAAAGCUGAUAGUGGGGUUACGUAUAACAUGAAUAUCCCAGUUUCGGCUCAGAGGAAAAGGCCAAGAGAUGAAUCGUACACAGUUCCUCGAAAGAACAAUUUUUCUGGCGUUUUCUCUCAGAUCCAGCAACAACAGCAACAAGAAAUCGACCGUUUGAUUGCUCAACAUAUAGAGAAGGUGAGUGUGGAGGUUGAAGAAAGGAGGAAGAAACAAUCGAGAAUGUUUAUGACGGCGAUCCAAGAAGGUGUUAUGAAGAAACUGAAGGAGAAAGAUGAUGAGAUUCAAAGAAUGGGGAAACUGAACUGGGUUCUUCAAGAAAGGGUGAAAAGCCUCAGUUUGGAGAACCAACUAUGGCGGGACCUGGCUCAAACGACCGCAGCCACCGCCAAUUCUCUGCGCACCAAUCUAGAACAGGUCCUCGCCCAGGUCGGCGAAGAACGCCACGCGAAUGGCGGAGGGUCGGCUGCUGAUGCAGAGUCUAGCUGCGGAAGCAGCGACGAAGGGUGGCGCAGGGUGCUGGCAGUGGAGCAGCCGCAAGAGCAGGCGACGGGGAAGUGCAGAAAGUGCGGGGAGAAGGAGUCGAGUGUGGUGUUGCUGCCAUGCCGGCAUCUUUGUCUGUGUGCAAUGUGCGGGUCCACUCGGGUAGCCGGUUGCCCUGUUUGUGACUCUGCCACCAAUGCUAGUGUUCAUGUUAACAUGUCUUGAAACAAAUUUUCU